AUGGAUCUAAAACAUCAACAAGAAUACUUGCAUAGAGCUAUUAAAUCAUUACCAAAGUUUGUUGGUGAUCAAUUCAAUCAAUUAUCGACAACUCACAAGUUGAUCAUUGGUUCUGCAGCAUUGGGAUGGUCAUUUUAUUCAGCAUCUAAAUUAGUUGAAACAGAAGGGUUUGAAGGACCUUUAGAUGAUGUAGUAUCAGAGUUUAUAGAAACAUUAAAAAAAUUAGACAAAGAAACAAGAGAUGAUUUCGAUCUAAGUAAAAUGUUAAACCCCAAUCAAUACAGUGAACAAAUUCCUUGGAUGGCCGGUAUGAUGAAGAGAGAUAAACGUCUAUGUCAAGCAAUGAAUGAUCAGUUUGAUAUGAUCUGUACAUUAUUCAUCCUACUUCAAGGUCGUAUCUACGAAGUCUACCAAUUCGCUAUCAAUGGUGAACCAUUGGAAGCUGAAAAUAUCGAAUAUUCCUAUACCAAUCUUGGAUUAAGUUCUCCAAUACUUCAAGGUUUAUUUUUAAUUUUAGAAUCUCUUCUUGAAUUUGAUGAAACAAAUUUUUGUAAAUUUGCAGAAAGAGGAUCAAAUAUUGGAGUAUAUCAUAUGGCCUAUACAUUUGCAGAUUUAAUAGCAAAGAUGUUAAUACUUUGGCCAAACCGUACAUACAAUUUGGAAUGUAUGCUUAAUAUAUUUGCUAUUUUGGUAUCGAUUAAAGUCAAUUCAGCUAGUACCGAUAUCAUUGAUUUGGUUCUGUUAAAAGUAUCAAAUCAACUGGUCGGUCUAUUGGAAUUUGAUCCAGAAUAUAAAUCAUUGAUGAAUCAUAUCAAACCAUUUUCUGGGUUCCACAUCACUAAAAUCAUUCCCAUCCCAUUUUACCUACAAAAGACAAGAAAGGUAUUUGGUGCUCUGUCUGCAUCGCUGUUGUGUUACUAUGGAUGGUUGACACCUGCAUACUAUAUUGUAAAUGAAACAUUCUUGUAUACUAUACUUUCGAGUAUAUUCCCUAGUAGAAAAGUCAGUCACAAGAAUAGAUUCCUCAAAUUCUUGACCGACUUGACUCCAAUCAUUCCAUUUAUUCCAUUAGAUAUGAAUAGUAUUAAAGAAUCGAUUAUUAAAAGAGCACUUGUAGAUCUACCUCUUUUAGCAUCAAAUAGUGUAGAUCACUUUAAUCAACUUGGUUUAAUACCAAGAGUUGCAAUAGGUGCUGUUAUAUGUCGUUGGGGUGUAUCUGGAUUCUCUGAAGCAUACAAAUUCAAUAAAAUAACAAAUGAAAGAGUCAUUCAAUAUAAAGAAUGGUUGGCAGCAAUCUAUGAAGAUGAUUUUGGAAAAGAUCAAACCAAUGCUGGAUUGAAAAUGACAGAGAUUGCAAGAGAAAUGAAAAAGAGUGAGGAAUUGACCAUUAGAAUGCUCGAUCAACUACCAUUAGUCAUAAUGAUUGCAUGCAAGUUUGUUUUCGAAAUAUUUGGAAAAUACCAAGAUACAGCAAUUGCACUAAAAGAAGAUCAAAGAAUGGCAGUCCAUUCAGCUUAUUUAAAGCAAAGAUCCAAUCCCCUAUUUUAUAAAUGUUUUGUAAUAUUGGGUACCUUUUUAGCAAUUGGAGAUAAAAAAUUAAGGAUGAUAGCAUUGGGAGAAGCAAUUGAUUUGGCUUAUGGUACGUCUGGUUUACAUCUUAGAUUCUCCCUUCUCUAUGAGAUUUGUAAAAGUAUUGGGGAUCAUUCAAUUGACGAUAUUCCAAUGGACAGAUAUUUAAAGUUGGCUUCACUCUUGUCAACAUCGACUGUACCCCAAAAGGAUACAAUUAGAAUGAUGAGCAAUGCAAUUGAUUUUGCCAAAGCUCAAUUACUCAUUGCCAUUACCAAGAAUCUAUCUUCCAUAAAAUUCCUAUUCGAAAAGGAAAAAGAAGAGUUGUUAAUGUUAUAUGUUGCUAGUCACCGACAAAAUGCCAAUCCAUUUUUUGGAUACCCAUUGGUUAAAUGGCUACCAGAAUUCAUUGUUUAUAAAAAAGAGUAUUACCUUGUCAAGGGUGCACUUUUAUCUAUUGGUCUUUGUACUGGUUUCACCAGCAUUGGUAUUCAAGCUGGUGUUGACGCGUUCUACAGAUCUCUUAAACUCGAUUCACGUCAGGCCAAAAAGACAGAGAGUAGACUUGCAAGAUCUCUUUUAGCUUUUGCUCCUGCCAUUCCAUUUGGUGGUCUCUGUCUCUUUGCAUCGACAACAAACAAUUGGAAGGCUGUUGGAUUAUCAUUUAUGAUAUCGUUGGCAGCCAAUAUCGUACAAGAAUUGGUCAUCAGCGAACUAGCAAAGAGAAGGUACGAUGAAUACGUCGUUCUCUAUUGUGCAGAUGUUAAAAAUUAUCCAGAAAGAAAGAAAAAACAACAAGAAAUUGAAAAGGAAGAAGCAAUUAAAUUAAAUCAGCAAACUGUUCCUGCGUCACAAGAUGAACAAGAACAAGCUGUAGAACAACGAUCUAAUAAGGAAAAGGAUGAUCAACAACAACCAUCUGAAAAUAGACAAGAAGUUCAAGAAGAAUUAAACAACAUUGGACAAGAAGAAAAAGAAGAAGAAGGAAUUAACAACCAACAACAACAAUAA